CCUCGCCAGAGGCGAGAAGGAUGAUCCCCAGUAAUCGAACUUAGAUCGAGAGAGAAGGCAGAGAGAGAAAACUAGAGAGAGAAAACGGGGACACUUUUCCUAAAAAAAUUCUUUACAACUAAUUUACUUUUUCUUUCCUCUCUUGGUUCUUUUUCAACGAUCUGAAAUCUCCUCCUUUCUCUAUUGGCUUCUUCAUUGAAUUCUUCCGCAACGAAUUUAAAAUCAAACAUUUCGUCCAAACUUUGUAGUGAUUGAAGUUGUCAGUCCACAUUUGGACCAACUCUAGCAAUUUGCAGACUCCAUUUCCCACAAACACAAGUGCCUGCUCCCAUAAAAGUUCCUGUAGUUAGUAUCUGGCAUCUAGAACAUGGCAGGCAAUGGCCUGCCAACGUUGGGUAGGGUAAAGCUUACUGAUCUUGUAGCCAAAGAAGGGCUUCCUUCUGAAUCCUAUAAAGUAUCUGUAUCGACUUUAUGUCAGUCCCUAGCCCAGUACUCUGCUGCCAUUGUUCAACUUCCUUCUGGGGAUGGAGCUCUCUUGCGAUCUUGUCUGGAUUCUGCACGUCUCUACUUUCACCAUAGACCAUCAUAUCCCUCUGAAGAUAUGAUUCAUACCAACGAGUCGCGAGACUGGUGCAAAACAUCUGGAUACUAUGCAGAUCCUCAGCUUUGGCAGGAAAGUUAUGAUUUUCGACCUGGGUUGACACCUGCAGAAUUAGAGAACGAAAUUCACUUUUCUCCAGCUGGUUUGGUUGAUAUUUAUGCGCUGCUAGGAAAAGCGGCUAGGGAAAUAUUAGAUGCCAUAAGCUUUAAUUUGAGCCUGCGCAGCUCACCUUUUACUGAGAUUCUCGAUAAUGUGCCUUUGAGAGGCAGAGAAAUAUCCUCGUCUGUGCUGUCCGUCUGCUGUCAAGCUAGGCCUACAUUCCACGGAGCACAACAUCAUAACUUGACAAGCCAAGAAGAUGGUAGUUUGAUCAUGUUUUCUGAGCAUGAACAUCCUGCAGACAAGAGUUUAAUAUCUAUUGUGAAGUCGGAUAAAUCAGGUUUGCAUAUAAGAGAUUUCCAGGGUCACUGGGUUCUUGUGGAUGGAGAUCUUGGUCCACAAGAAGCAGUGAUUUAUCCUGGACUAGCAUUGUAUCAGGCAACUGCUGGUUACAUUAACCCUGCACUUCAUAGGAUUGAGAUCACCAAUCCCCAGAGUAACAUUCAUGGCCGAUGUUCUGUAACAUUUAAACUGAUGCCCAAAUCAAUGACCCAUCUAAGUUGUUCGGAGAUGAGAGCUGCUGGUCAUGGAGUUGAAGCACAGUUCCAGCUUCCAGUGCCAGUAGAUGACUUUAUGCAAAGACCACAUUCUACUGAUAAUCCUAUGAACCGCCAGAGUGUUCCAAGCUUUAAUUUCCCGAAUUCACAUGAUGGACCAAUGAAACCUUUAAUUAAGAGAAGGAAGAACAACUCAAAGUGCAAACCCCUGCCACCGUCUAAGAGGUUAAGGCUUGAGGCACAAAGAGUUCUCAAAGAAAGAGUUCAGGACAUUGCAGAUAAGAAGGGCAUCAAGCUGAGAUUCUGCAGCCUAAAGGAGUGUGAAGCUCACAUUCAUUCACUCGAUAGUCCUUGUGCUAAUAUAAGAAUGGAGAUUGGGUGGCCGCCAGGGGUCCCAUUUGUUCAUCCUCAUGAUCUGCCUAACAAAGCAAAGAUUGGUUUUCUUGAGGCAUAUGAACCUGGUUGGACAAUAACGCAUGACAUGGAGUUGAGUCUCAUCGAUCCCGGGCAGUCGACUGAACAUUCUGGCCAUUGCGAGUCAUGUGUUGCUUCAAUUCGUUCUUGAUCCUUGAUUCUGCACAAUGCAGCUUGCCGAGGAUGGUGAGUCGUACGCCCACCAUGAAGCUUGUUUGAUAUAAAUAGUAUGGACCCACUUUACCCAUAGAUUCGCAGGAAAUUUAAAAUGACAGUAUGGUUUGGCCAUAAUUUGUCACUUCUCACGGAAAAAUAUUUCCAUCUGGUCUGCCGUGAUUUUGCAGCUGAUGUUCUAGGCCGCUGCAAAUUUUGGUGGUACUGAAAUUGGUGGGAUUGUUCUGGUAUGUCGAAGCAGAUCUCACUCCAUUCCAGUUUCUGUGGUAUCAUGUGCUCCUCUUGGUUUGUUCAGCAGAACAAAUUAUCUAAUUAAGUUGGAAAUCGGAGAUAGAUUGCUAUUUUGCUCGCGGUCUCUCUCUGUUGUUCGUGAUACAGUACUUGUGCUGGUCAGAUGAUUUGACUUUGACUUAAUCAUACUUUUAUUUGGCUGCACCAGCAACUGAAUGUAAACUGUAUAUUCAUGUAAAGCUCUUUUUUUUUUUACGGUUGCUAUUAGAAAAAGCUAAAUUAGGGAACUCUGUUUGUAUUGGGUAAAUUCUCAACUAUGUAGUAGUUGACAUACUUGUAUUGGAGAUACCAUAGUUCGUGACUCGUGAGCCAAUUCGCUGCUCGGUGAGAUAAAAGUGAUGAACAUUCCUAACCAUCAUCUUUUUAAACAGGCCUGCAGGAUUAUAGUGACUUAUUAAAUUUUCCAUGUCAAAUAUUUGAGAAA